GAAGGAACCGAGAAAGGUCCGAAUGAUAACAGGGUAUCAUGAUCUUACCUAAACCUGUUUAACUAAGAAUAGCUACAAGGGUCCAGGGAUCCCUUCGGCGUAGUUGACGCUGGCCUACAUUCGGCCUCCAGAUAAAUCCAUCGUGGCAAAGGAGAGUCUUCCCUAACUCCAAUCAGGAUCCAGCAUGGCUAGUUCCCUUGACGCUGCAACAGGUAUCACCAUCGAUUUCAGCAAGUCAAAAAAGAAUGUGGAGUCUGCUGAAAUACGGAUCAGCCUCAAGUUGCCUAUCCCAAUCAAAUGCGGGGCAGGAAAGGCUUUGCGACAGACGUUUUCUCCACCCAUGUAGGGACUCGACCCAAACGAAUAUACUCGCCUGAUGUGCUAUUGUGUUUUAUUGUAGAAAGCUUUCACUUGGGGAUACAUUUUCCUUGCAUGUACGGUACAAGACGUGGCAUGGAACUGGGCAUGAAGACAUUAUUUUCGAACCGGAAGACAUGUUUCACGAAUGCAGUGCAAGAGGAAGACAAGAAUACCACAAGGUUCAUAAAAAGAUCACGAUCAUCGUCGAACUUUCGGGGAAUCCAACAACCGAAAUCGAGCAGUUCGUCUCUUCUGAUGAAUCCCUGGAGCUCUGGCCUACCACCGAUGAAAUCUUUCGGAAGUGUCCUCAAUUCCGAAUUCUGGUGAUAGGAAAGACUGGCGUUGGCAAGUCUUCGCUGAUCAACCACGCAUUUGGAGUGCAAAACGCGACCACUUCGCACAAUAUGCCAGGCGAGGUCAGCAUCGACCAUGAAUUCAUCUCACCACAGAACAACAAGUUUGUUCUCCACGACAGCAAAGGUUUUGAACCAGGAGAAAAAGACAACCUCAAAAUAGUCCGAGAUUUCAUUAACCGUCGGAGAGCAAAGCCUGAUUUGAAAGAUCAGCUGCACGCUGUUUGGCUUUGCUUUGAGAUACCCCGUGCAGGCGGGCGUUUGCUAGAGACUGGCGUGGAGCAAUUUCUCACAUCGAAGCGAGAAGGAGAGCUAGGAGACAUUCCCAUUGUUACCGUCUUCACUAAAUACGACACCCUCCUCGACCGCGUGGAGCGAACCCUGGACAAGUCCUCUAUCAAGAGUUUGAGCCAGGCGGCCAUCCAGGACAUCAUCAAGAAAAACGCAGAAGACAAGCUACAGGAAGUCUGUGUCACACCCCUAGAGAAGUUCGCAAAAUCGGCUAUCCCGCAUGUUACAGUCUCUACAAAUGGAAACCACGAGGAGACGCUAGCCCGUUUGAUCCAAAAGACUGAAGAACUCGUCCGUAACCAUGUUGGGACUGACGCCUCGGUGAUGACGUCCGUCGCUCAACGAGUGGAUCCUGGACUCAAAAUAAAGGCAUCAAUAGAGGUUGGCAAGAGAAAAUACUGGAAGGCGCUCGCAUCAAGCGUACCAUUCAAGAACCGUUCGAUGUGGGACUGUCUGCACGUGCUUCACACUGACAUCGUCAAUGUUUGGAACUUCCAAGAUCCUCAUGGUUACUUGUGCAGCCCAGAGUUCAGGACAUUGAUGACGAACAUGGUCAAUGAACUGGACGUUGGACCCCCUGCUGAUCCCAACAAGACCCUUUCGUUUCGGCUCACUAUUGUGGGUACUAUCGCGACCAUUGUAUCUGCCCUGUCUGGACCUGCAGCCCCUAUCAUAGUGCCGAUAGCGGCAAGCGUUGUGAUCGCGAGCUGGGUUUACGAGGUGUAUGAGCAGACCCGCCCGGCGCUCCAGCGCUUCAUGAAAUACAUCAUCGACUUGACUCUCGUGUUGCAGACACUGGUUCUUGUGGCGGGAAAUCAAGAACUGUCUCGUAAGGCCAUCAAGCUUGCGGCCAAGUCCUACCACGAGUCACCAAUGAAUGGAGAAGUCCAUAAUCGGAUUCAGGAGUAUGACAGGCAAAUGACCCCGCGGCAACGCGCGAGCCAUGAUUCAUUGGAUCAAAUCAUCGAGCUACUACAAUCAUAUAACAUUAGUGCAGAAGAAAUGUCGGAUCUUCAGCGAAAUUUGCCCGCUGUAGAUUUAUCAUCGGAUGAACCAUGGGGUAGUUAGCACUUGAUUCUUUCUUUUGUGUAUAAUGUUUGUGUCUGACUUCUGGAUUACCUACGGGAUUGUACAUGUACUAUGUAAUUGGAGUUAUGACCGGUCCGUGCUAAUGUAGUUUGCCUAGCGUUCUCAGAUACUGUAACCCUGAAAAUCUUUUGCUUGAAACGAC